UCCGCGGCGCCAUGUGGGUCUCGGCUCACCCUGCGCUGCUCCUGCUGCUCAUGGGGGUCCUGCGCCAUGGCAGAGCCUCAGGUCUUCUUGAGCUCUCCUUGGGAAAAUUCAGAAAUGUGCUACUUAACCAGACCAAUCCAGUGGAGGCUGUAAUCAGGAACAUCGCCAGCAAUGUGACUGUGGUUAUUUUUCAAGUGCAUGCCCAGCAGAGUGAUGUGGUGAUAUCCUUUGAUAAGACCCCGUCGGUGAACAGCUCGGGAGUCGGGGUGGACAGAGGGCUGGUGUCCGUCCUGCGGCCGGAGCAGACGGUGUGCACGUGGUACCUGCGCGCCCUGGCUGCCGGCCAGGUGCUCAGCACCGCCAUCUCCAUCCCCUACAUGGAGAGAGAUCCUAUUCCUGGGGGCUGCAAUCUAGAAUUUGACUUGGAAGUGGAUCCAAAUAUUUACCUGGACUACACGUUGGUUGAUAUACACAUCAAGUUUGCCCCUGCAAACUUGGGAUAUACCAGAGGAGCAAGCCCCCCCUCCUGUGACUCGGGGACUGGGCAGAGCUCCCGCUGGCGGCUGCGCUACGAUGUGUACCAGUACUUCCUGCCCGAGAGCGACCUGGCCGAGAUGGCGCUCAUGAGCCACAUACGGAAAAUGUCCGGGGUGCGCAGCGUCAGAGCCAACGGCAUCAAGAUGCUUACGCUGACAGCUGAUGACAAGACUGAUGUCUACUUCUCCUCACUUCCUGGGCAAGGUGUGAUCUACAAUGUCAUCGUGUGGGAUCCUCUUUGGAACACUUCUGCUGCAUACAUACCUGUGCAUACAUAUGCCUGCAGUUUUACUGACCUGGUAGAUAACUGCUCUUCCCUCAGUAAACUCUCUACCAAAGUAUUCUUCACUGCUUUUGCUGUUCUUGGUCUUUUCACCUGCUUUUUUGGACACAGAUUCUGGAAAACAGACCUAUUCUUCAUGGGCUUCAUUGUUGCAGCAUUUGUGUUCUUUGUGUUCAUUACCAGGGUAACUGGCCUUAGCUAUGAUGUGCGUCUUAUUUUGACGGCAGUGGCUGGAAUCAUUGGAGGCCUGCUCUUGGUUGUGAGCUGGUGGAGAUUUGGCUCUGUCCUGCUCAGCAUGUUUGUAAUUGGACUUGUGUUGGGAUUUCUCUUCUCCUCAACGCUCUUCUUUACCCCCCUAGGAGAUUACAGGGUCUUCCGUGAUGAUGUGGUGUUCUGGGUGACCUUUACCUGUGUAGCCUUGAUGAUUCCAGUGCUUUUUGUUGGCUGCCCAAGAAUUCUGAACAUCUUGGCCUCUGGAAUAGUGGGCUCUUACACAGUGGUCCUGGCCAUUGCUUGUUACGUCUACACAAGCCUUGCUUACAUCACCUUAGACCUGCUCAGAAGGGUCCUCAACAAUUACUUCAGCAGAGCUUACACCAAUGUGCCUUUUCAAAGGAAUGACUUCAUCAUCCUGUCAGUGUGGGCAAUGCUGGCCCUCAGCGGGGUCACUGUGCAGCUCCGCCGGGAGAGGAGUGAGGUGCCCUUCCCACCACAUCCCUAUCUCACCUGGAAGAGGGAAAGGGAGCGUAGAAGCACCAAUGUCUUAGACCCCAGCCAUCAUAUCCCUCCCCUGAGAGAGAGGAUCCACAACAAGCUGCUGCAUAUCAAAGAGUUCUUCCAGAAAGACCAGCCAGCUGGGGAGAGAACUCCACUGCUUCUGUAACUUGCCAAAUAACUGAUGGGAAUGGAGAGGGGGAACUGGGAAUGGUGAGAUGAUUACCAGUAACCAGCCAGUGGUGCAGGGUUUACCACUGCUAAUUUGUCCUGCUGAAUAAGAGAUUGCUGCUUGGCAGAGCAGUUCACUGUCCAGUACACUACAUGCUGUUUGUGACUCCUCUGUGGCACACUCUGCCUGCUGCAACCUGCUUGUGUCCAGCUGCAGAAUCCUGUACUUGUAGCCAAGGACAGGCAUUGAUCCUGUGGGGUCUACUUUGCUGUUUGGGUACGUGGAAUAUCAAACAGGCCUUGGAAAGCAACCUGCUGAU